CACAGAUGUGAUCACAUCUUCUACCAGGACACAUAUGAGCAGUGUAGCUACCUCUUCAAGAUGGUGAAGGAGAAUCUUCAGUCACACAGAUGCAGCCUGCUCUGCCUCGGUUCUCUGACCUUCCACCAUCAGGCUGUUGGAGACAAGGUGCGCCUGAGUGAGGGGGGUCGACGCGCAGAGAAGACUGAGGCCACGUUCAAGAAUGGCCUGGUGUUCAGCAACCGUCCAGUGAAGGUCCAGGAGAGGAUUCGUCUGAGAGUGGAAAGAGAUUCAUUCAUCUGGCAUGGAGCUCUGCGUGUGGGCUUUACCAACGUGCCGCCCUCAGCCAGAUCUCUGCCUCUGCCCUGCAUGGCCAUCCCCAACCUCACUGACAGGCCCGGGCACUGGGCUGUUCCUGUGCAUGAAUCCAACUGCCAAGCAGGUUCAGAGCUGGAGUUUUGGGUUUCUUCCGGUGGCAGCAUAUAUGCAGAGAUCAACAACAGGCAGCACGAGCUGCUAACAGGACUGGACCUCAGCCAGCCGCUGUGGGCCAUGAUAGACAUUUAUGGGCAGACAUGCUCCAUUUUGCUCCUAGGCUCAGAGAAAAACAGGCUGUUUUACACCCAAAGAUCCUGUCCUGCACCUGAGCACCUCACCUCACCUGACAAUUGCUUUGGUUCAGUUUCAGGCCUCAGUGGUGAUGACUACAUCUCCUGUCUUGACAUGGAGAUCCCAGCAGAUAAAAGAUGUGUGGUGUGCAUGGUGAAGGAGGCCCGAAUCACACUGCCUUGUGGUCACCGGUGUUUGUGUAACAAGUGCAACUCCAGAGUCUGUGAGCAGUUUGGCACCUGCCCGCUGUGUCGACAUGAGAUCAGAGCUCCAUCAGUGGAGGAGAGGUGUGUUUCAGGGGUCGUCUGAGCUCCAAGACACCAGCCAGGAAUCACCAAAUUACUGAGUGACUGUAACAGGGAAAAUAUAGCACUAAAUGUAAAAUAUGCCAUGUUAUUUAUAUUGUUUAAUAACAACGUUGUCUGUACAGUAUGUUUUUCUACUUUGGUGUAAAUCUUAAAGAAAUUUUGCACUUUUGUGAAGUAAUUGUAUGUGUG